AUGAAGCCCUCCGCAAACGUGCUUGAGAUCACUGCCUGUGCUGUCCUAAUCCUUGUGAGCUUCGUGGGAAACACAUGCUUAUUUUAUUCUACAAGGAAGUGCACCACUGGGCGCUUGCAAACAUCCUUUCUUCUAAUUUUCAGUCUCGCGUUUGUCCACCUCAUUAAAAACCUGGUGGUGAACGUCAUGAAGAUUGUUUACUCUUCUGGUAUCUUGCUGGAUUCAGUUGGCUGCAAAGUUCUGCAUUUCACUGCAGCCCUGACAACUUCCCUGGCCAUCUGGUUCAUGUUACACUUUGCAUUGUUCUACCACCGGAAGCUUUACCAAAUUGUCUACCCCUUGAGCGAGGCCACAGAACUGGACCAGCAGAAGCACUCCUUGAAGGGGAUCUCUGCACUUUGGGUGGCUGGUGUGGCAGUAUACAUCCCGGUGUUGGUUUACACUAGAAAACCAGAACACCUAAAUGCAGGAAAUAGUACAGGCUCCUUGUCCACUAAUAGAAUUUACAUGGAUUGCUUAACUGGCUUUGGCAACGAGCAGGUAGCGUUUUACUAUGGAAAAAUAUUUUUAGCUCUAAUUGAUAUCCUUCCUUUAGCCGGCUUAGUGCUCGUCUGUUUCUGGAUGUCUUUCCUCCUUUCAGAGAAAAAGAAGGUGACAUAUGGUGACAUCUGGAUUGGAAUGGAUGAUUCAGAAAUUGAGAUUCUUCGAGGGGCCAAGUUCAGUAUUUUAUUAAUGUUGCUGCUCACUCCACUUUGGAUCUCUCACUUUAUCUUAGUCUAUUUCUUGAAAGAUUUGGCAGCGUGCGUUUUCACUCCAGCUGCUCUCACGGCCCUCUCCUCCGGCUUCUCUGCCCUCAGUCCUUUCCUGCUUAUGCUGGUUAAUUACAGAGUGAAGCUGGUGUCCUUCUGUGGUGCCAAGGAGGAAAAAUCCACACCACAGCCUGCAAACAUUACUCUGUCUCCAUAUGCUUAA